AUCUCUCCGGUUUGUGAACACUCGUCUUCGCCCAGAGGAUCACUUGUUCACUUCCUCUUCUCAUCGCGGAACCCCCGAAGGAAACUCCAAUUACGCCCCAGGCGACUAACCCCAAGCACGUCAAUUAGCGGCGACUAAUAAAGUAAUUAAGCCCGAGGCGAGCAUCCCCCUCCCUCCUCGAACUCCUCGCCGCCGGCUGUAAGGGUUCUGCCAACUCGUUGCCCUCCUCGGCAUCCUCGUCCCCGUCCUCCUACCAGAUUCACCUCGCCUGUCUCCACCGUGCCGGCGGCGGCCGGGUCGUCGCCCCCCUCCUCCAGGCACCCGCCACCACCAAACAAGCCCAGCGUGCCCGCGCCGCCGAGCGCACCUCCAGGUCCCCUUGACUCCUUCCACCGAAGCACGCCGGCUCAAAGUCUUCUCUCGCAGUCGUUCCCCUCCUCAUCCUCCUUCUCCACUGCCGCUACCUCCUCCUCCUCGCUCCUUGUACUGGAAGUGCAGAUCCAUCCGGACUCGGAUGCAUUUCUCCUUUUAUUGGUAAGGAAGCUCCCCUAUCUCGCUUGGAUGGAUUGUUCUGCGAGUUAGGUUUGGUCUGGUUUUCCAUUUCUACGCCGCGAGCAAUCAAAUCAAAUUCUUCGAUGAUGUUUGCUGCGUGGUGGAGCAGUAGCGCUAGAUUAUUCUCCAGAAUUUUUCGGGGAUCGACUGAGCCCCCAGGGCCAUCGCCCCUCAUGCCAGCCAUGCCACUCCACCAGAAGCAGGCGGGGCUCGCGGCUAGCAAGCAUGGCGUGGCGAGCUCGAAGAAGUACAGGGCUUUUGUAGCGGGAGAUGAACAGUGGUUCAACAAGAUUUUUGAUCCGUCAAGCGACUUCAUCCUGACAUGGAACCGCGUCUUCCUCUGCUCCUGCUUCGUCGCGCUAUUUAUAGACCCUCUCUACUUCUAUGUGCCCAAGAUCAACUAUGCCAGCCCCAGUUCCUGUGUUGGGACAGACAUACGUUUCGCCAUCGGUGUUACAUUCCUCCGAUCAGUUGCCGAUUUAUUAUAUGUCUUGCACGUCAUAAUAAAGUUCAGAACAGCGUAUAUCAAUCCGAGCUCGACUCUGAGGGUGUUUGGAAGAGGAGAUCUUGUCAUAGAUCCCAAGGAAAUCGCAUGGAAAUACUUGAGAUCUGACUUUGCAGUUGAUGUGGCGGCUGCAUUGCCUUUGCCGCAGAUCAUUGUCUGGUUUGUGAUACCAGCUAUAAAGUAUUCCACUUCUGAGCAUAACAAUAACAUUCUGGUGCUCAUAGUUCUUGCUCAGUAUUUCCCAAGAUUAUAUCUCAUAUUCCCCUUAACUUAUGAAAUUGUCAAAGCUACUGGAGUUGUUGCAAAGACUGCUUGGGAAGGAGCUGCGUACAACAUGCUGCUCUAUAUGAUAGCUAGUCAUGUACUAGGUGCACUAUGGUAUUUGCUAUCUGUUGAUCGCCAGACAGCCUGCUGGAAGAAGAGUUGCAGGAAUGAAACUGGCUGUGAUAUUAAGUUCCUAGACUGUGAUGUAACACCAAAUCUUAAUUGGGCAACUACAACUGAUGUCUUCAGUAACUGUAAUGCUAGUGAUAACACCAUCAGUUUUGAUUUUGGCAUGUUCCAGCCUGCAUUGUCAAAUCAAGCCCCUGCUCAAAGUUUCGCGAUGAAGUAUUUCUACUCCCUAUGGUGGGGAUUGCAGAAUCUAAGCUGCUAUGGCCAGACUCUUACUGUGAGUACCUAUAUUGGUGAGACGCUCUAUUGUAUAUUCUUGGCAGUACUUGGUCUCAUCUUGUUUGCUCAUUUGAUUGGAAAUGUGCAGACCUAUCUGCAAUCUAUCACCGUGAGGGUUGAGGAAUGGAGAUUAAAGCAAAGAGAUACUGAGGAGUGGAUGAGACAUCGUCAACUUCCUAAUGAACUGCGGGAACGAGUGAGACGAUUUAUUCAGUACAAGUGGCUAGCGACUCGAGGUGUGAAUGAAGAGUCUAUAUUGCAGGCUCUACCUGCAGAUCUUCGGCGUGACAUUAAGCGCCACCUUUGCUUGGGUCUUGUUCGCCGGGUUCCAUUUUUCUCCCAGAUGGACAACCAACUUCUUGAUGCCAUCUGUGAGCGUCUUGUAUCAGCACUGUGCACGAAGGGCACAUACAUUGUCCGUGAGGGUGAUCCUGUGACUGAGAUGCUCUUCAUCAUUCGUGGGAAACUGGAAAGUUCCACAACAAAUGGUGGUCGCACUGGCUUCUUCAAUUCAAUUACCCUGAAACCUGGUGAUUUCUGCGGCGAGGAACUUCUUGGAUGGGCUCUUGUCCCCAAACCUACUACCAACUUGCCAUCAUCCACUCGGACAGUGAAGGCACUCAUAGAGGUGGAGGCCUUUGCACUCCAGGCUGAGGAUCUCAAGUUUGUCGCCAAUCAGUUCAGGCGGCUGCACAGCAAGAAGUUGCAGCACACUUUCCGGUACUACUCGCAUCACUGGAGAACUUGGGCCUCAUGCUUCAUCCAAGCUGCUUGGUGGCGGCACAAGAGGAGGAAGAUGGCAAAGGACUUGAGUAUGAGGGAGUCAUUCAAUUCUGUUAGAUUAGAUGAGUUGGGUUACGAAGAUGACUCUCCACCCAGGAAUAGUCUCGCUCUAAAAUUUAUAGCUAGGACUAGGAAAGGGCCUCAGAACAUGAAAGAAUUGCCUAAGCUUAGGAAGCCACACGAGCCGGAUUUCUCAGCUGAACCUGAUGACUGAUGACUACGUACAGUGGCCAUUGGUGCGGCUGCUGCAGACUCUGUGGCCAGUUAGUCCUAUUUGCUGCUUGAAGGAGGGUACAAGCAAACUUGGUACCAUGAAUUGAACUUGGGUUGACGGUACCAUUUGUUGACGUGAGGAUGGUAACUAGAAGCUCAAAAUGUUAAUAAACUUCUGACUGAGAUAGGUUGAAUAGUUGUAACUAGAUGCUAGUUAUUGUCAUAUUGUUCAUUCAGAUGUCUUUGUGCCUAUAGAGUUCUUGAAAACCAAAGAAAAGUACAUCGGUACAUCUACGGAUAGCUUAAAAAUCUAACAUCGAAGGCUGUGGUUACAUUGUAAUUCAGAGUCUGUAAAUUGUGAGGGCGGCUGUCUUCUGGAAAAAAUGUUGCACAGAUUGAUGUGUCAUGUACUCAUGUACUCAUGUAUUUGUGGUCAAAAGGUCACCCUAAGAUCAUGCACGUCUCAUCUCUGAUUUUGAAGUUGGGGCAUGCUGUAAUGUAAUUCUUGCUAACUAUAAUAUCAAUGGUAUUACAGUUAUGUGUUAUGCUAUUA